UAAUAUCCUUUCUUUUUCUCUUAUCCUUCAAAUUCACUUGAAAUAUACACACAAUCAAAGUUGAAAACAUAGAUUCUUCAUUUAAAACAAGAACUACAUGCUGCAUGCAUUGGAACAUAUAUACCAUAAGGGUUAACUUCUCUUCCUCAUCUCACAUUGUUGUUUCACUCUUCAUUUCAGCCUUGAAGAUCACCAUGAACAUUAUUGAAGUGGGAGAGUAUAUUUACGACACCGCAUACACCUCGGAAGAGGACAAGCUACGGGGGUGUACAAUUGAAGGAAAAUGGGAAGAAGUUGAGAAACUAUACAAAUCAGAUCCAAAAUUCAGCAAAAUAAAUAUCAGCAAAAGUAGAGGAACAGCACUACAUGUGGCAGUAAAUGAGGACAAUGGAAAAGUUGUUAGAAAUCUUGUUGAUUCGAUCAUAAGUCAGAAAAAUGAGAAGGCCCUUGAAUAUAAGAACCAAAAGGGUGACACUCCAUUGCACCUUGCAGCAUCAAAAGGAUUCAAAGAUAUAUGUGAAUGUAUAAUUGGAAAAAAUGGUGAAAGGAAGUAUUUGAUUGAUAUCGAUAACAACGAUGGAGAGAGUCCUUUGUUUCUUGCUGCAUUGUCUUGGCAAAAACAAACGUUUGUUUAUCUCUUCAACUUUAAACCAAGUGAGAGUGAUUGUAAUGUUGAUGGUAAUUAUUCUUAUUCUAAAGAUCUUAUUAGAAGCAAUGGAGAUAGUAUUCUUCACUGUGCCAUCAAGAGAGAAUUUUUCGAUUUGGCGCUUAUAAUAAUAGAUAAAUAUCCCAAUCUUAUUGUCAUUCCGAACAGACACGGAUUUAGUCCUCUCAAACUUCUUGCUACUAGGCCCUCAGCAUUCAAAAGUGGAUGCAACAUGAUAUGGUGGAAGAGGAUUAUGUACCAUUGUAUACCUGUGGGAAUCCUAAAUGUGGAAGAUACUGUCAAAUAUUAUGCCAUGAAACAGUAUGAGUCAAGCAGCUCCCACAACAAAUGUCCAACGAACUAUGACACAUGUUAUCUCUUUUUUCAAAAAUGUAAAGAAUAUGCUAAUCCACUUAUACGCUUUGUUAAGCGACUGCUGAUGAAAGAAACUACUUCUACUGCUACAUAUGGAUCUAAAAAUAUGGGAGAGAAACACAAAGUGUUUCAAAAUUUUCAACAUCGCAAUAUAUCAAUGCAAUCUAAAAGCAAAUUUCUUCCAGAAAACUAUGCUACAUGUCUUUGGUUUAUGAAGUUUGCAUGUAUCUACAUCCUUGGCCUUUCAGGAGUAGGGAUUGAAGAAAUCACAAAGAUGAAACAAAAACACAAAUGGAGUGGUCAACUAUUGAACAGAUUUAUGGAGAACGCUUAUGAAUCGUAUUUGGGAACCGGCACCAAACCAAUACAAUAUGUCAUUGGAACAGAUUUCCUUUCUGCUUACAAGCCAAAUCAGGGAAAUAAUAACAGUGAGGAGCCAACGAUUUCUAAGACACUGGAAAGUGAGACAGCAAUUUUGACAGCAGCAAGAAAUGGCAUAGUUGAAAUAGUGAAUGAGCUUAUAACAAAAAUACCAAGUUCAAUAUACGAUGUUAACUUGGAAAAUAAAAAUGUAUUACUUGUAGCAGUUGAGAGCAGAAGAACCAAUGUAGUUAAGGCAUUAAGAAAACAGUUUGAAGAGGGUAAUAAAAAGGCAAUAUUUGAUAACUUAAUCCAAGGUGUGGACAUGGAAGAGAACACUGUGUUACAUUUAGCUGCUACAAGAAGUGAUCGAGAUUGGAACAUUUCUGGAGCUGCCUUGCAACUGAUGUGGCACAUCAAAUGGUUUCAGUACACUAAAGAACUAGUGCCGGAGCAUUUCACAGUUAGAACAAACAAAAAGGACAAAACAGCAGGAGAAUUAUUCAAGAAAUCACAUGCAACACUGGUACAAGAUGGUAGUGCAUGGCUGAAAGACACUUCUAAUUCUUGCUCUGUAGUAGCAGCACUCCUUGCCGGCGUUUCGUUUGCUACGUCAAGCACUGUGCCGGGCGGUAACAAAAGUGACACAGGCGAACCAACACUGGAAGGAAGGCCUGCAUUUGAGGCAUUUGCUAUGUCUUCAGUAAUUGGUCUUUGUUUCUCUGUCACUGCACUCAUAAUGUUCCUCUCUAUACUUACUUCUCGAAAAGAAGCCAAAGAUUUCAGAAUUGAUUUGCCAAGGAAGCUUCUUUUGGGAUUGAGCUCUCUUUUCUUGUCCAUUGUUGCAUUGUUCGUUACUUUCUGUUCUGGCCAUUUCUUUUUGAUUGACCACAAGUUCAAGCACAUUGUGUUUCUGAUUUAUGCAGUCACUUGCCUUCCUGUGAGUUUGUAUGCAGUAGCACAACUUCCGCUUUACAUUGAUCUUCUGAAAGGUAUUGUAACCAAAGUGCCAAAGACAAGUGAUAAGGGAGAGGGCUUUUAAAGGUGCAAAAUGUACUGAAAAUGCAUUUUUGGCUUGUUGAAAUAACGAAGACAGUGGCUUGAGUACUACAUACUACCUAUAUUUGGAGCAGUAUAUAUAUAAUUAUUUAUUUAUAUGUCAAAUGUUGGAUUGUUGUUAUUAUAGUGAAAUUCUUUUAUUAUGUACUCUGUCAUAUUUAAGCAACUGAGAUUUCAUAGUUCUGUUCUGAAGGUUAGUUGAUUGAAGAUAGAAAACUACUUU